AUAUCCCCUCUUUCUUACCUGAUCCCUUAGAAAUAGCCGCCCUGCAGCUUCUCCAUAUCCUUCGCUCCCCCAACACCAUCCCACACCGAAUCCUCACAAGAGUACUCCUUUCGCAAGCAUGAGCGGCCAUGGCGAUCCUCGAUUGCUCUACACGAUUGGAGGCAUCAAGGCCUACCACAUCCAGCAGGGUGAGGAGAGUCCCCUGACUCCCUCUGGGCCACAGACACUGUCACUAUUGAUGGUGCCCACAAACUCGCCCUUUGCAGAUAGCAGCGCGCGCGGUCAGAACGAAGCGGCCGAAGAAGACUUUUACCUACAUCUCAACCUCCCUCCCGAGCUCGACCUCCCCCUCCCUGCGACGACGCAGAUUUACCACCAGCCACCGCGAAGCUACCUUAUACCGCGAUGGGAUCUGGGUCCAGACAGCCACGCCUUCACGCGCAUUGAGUUCCCGCCGAUUGGCAAGGGCUCCAAUUCCGUCACGCAAGAAGAUAUUGACACGUUCGAGACUAUCUUGGCGCAGUGCACAGCCUUCCUCGAGCGUGCGCAAGCGCCAUCACACGAGAAGGGCAAGGGUGAUGUCAAGGCAUACAACCCUCAAAACUACAGGCCUGGCGAGGGCUACGCAAGCUCUGUUGGCCAGGGUGAGGUUGUCUUGGUAGACGAGGAAAACGGCAGCAUUGUAGGCGAGCUGGCCGAGGGUGCUCAAGUCCAUGCUGAUCCAGCAAUCAAGCAAGGGUCCAAGAAUAAAGAUCCCGUCGAGAUUGUGGUAUCGCCAGAUGGUAAGCGUAUUGACAUCAAGCCCCUCGACGAAGAUUACCUUGACAUGGCCCGCCAUCCCGCAUACAAGGACUCUGGCCUGGUACAAAAUGCCGCCGCAGCGUCGCGACUUGUCGUUACAGGCUCCAGCUACCUUAGCAACCUCAUGGUGUCUGGUGCAGAGAACUUUAUAAACAAAACUAAGCCAAACGAGAAGCCCAUGGUCUUCAAGCCCGCUACCCACGAGCGCGCCCGCAAGAUCAACACCUUCACCACUGGUGUUGCUGGUUAUUCGGCCAAAACUGUCGGUCAAAUCACAAAGUAUGCCCAAAACGCAGCAGCAGGUAUGGCGGGACAUAAGAAGACGUACGCUAAGAGCGUUAACCCUGACGGCACACCAAAUGCAAACUACAAGCCCGGUCUACUGAACAAGAGCUUGAUCGCAUUUUCGACUGUUGCCGAUGGUAUCUCGCAUUCCGGUAGGCAGAUCCUCACUAGCGGUGGUGCUGCUGCCAGUGCUGCUGUAGGACACAAGUAUGGCGCAGAGGCGGGACAAAUUACCAGCAACCUUGCCGGCGGUGUCAAGAACGUUGGUCUCGUAUAUAUCGACGUAACUGGCGUCAGCAGAAAGGCCAUCAUCAAGUCUGUUGCCAAGGGUAUGGUCGUCGGCAAGGUCAAGGACAAGAAAGGCAAUGAGCAAACCGUCAUGGUAGGAGGUGGUGAUGGAGGUGUGAUAGACAACGACAUGAAAUCGCAGUAUCAGUACGCGACCACCAACACAGUCGCCCCUCCCAACCAGUCUUCUACCCCCACACCUGGUGGGCAAGUUUCCUUUGGUGGACCACCACCAAGUUACCGUACUGGUGUUGGCGAGUCGCUUGAGGGACAGCCAGCAUAUUACCCGAAUGAGAAGAGGUAGAUACCCAAUAGCCGGUCUAUGUACACAGGUUUCACGAGAAAUGAGAUUACGAUACAGGUUAUCAGCAUGAUAUGUAGGGUGGCAUUCGAUUGAUACGAUUAUACGUUGAAGUUGGCUUUUUAAUAUGC